AUGGCUCAGAGGUUUGAUGAGGAAGGUAUUCAGGUUACUUGGGAUCUUUUUCACGAUGCAUUCUUGGAAAACUAUUUUCCGGAAGAUUGUCGUGGAAAGAAAGAGGUGGAACUCCUUGAAUUGAAGCAACGAAAUGGUAAUGUUGCUGAAUAUGCUGCUAGAUUUCAGGAGCUUAUCAAGCCUGAUAUUAAGGCUAUUGGUUACCAACAAAUUACUCGUUUUGAAGAAUUGGUUAACAAGAGCCGGAUUUAUGAUGAAGAUUGUAGGGAGAGUGCUUUGCACUACAAGGCUUUGAAUGAGAAGAAAGGAAAAUACCAUGGGAAACCGUAUGAUGAUAAGAUGAAGAAAGUUGGUCAUGACGGAAAGCCAAGUGGGGGAGGAUCUAGUGCUUCGGUUAAGUGUUACAAUUGUGGUGUUGAGGGACAUCGUGUUGUUGAUUGUCCUAAGGAGAAAGUAACAUGUCUCAAGUGUGAGCAAGAUCACAUUAGUGCCAAAUGUGAUAAGCCGAAGAAGGAGCAAGCAAAUGGAAAUGUGUUUGCAUUGUCUAGUGUGGAUGCCACUAUCGAUGAUAGGCUAAUCCAAGUUUGUAUUCCGUUAGAGCAGCUUGAUGUGAUUUUGGGUAUGAAUUGGUUGGAGUUUAAUCGUGUGCAUAACAACUGUUUUAAUAGGACGGUUAUUUUUCUUGAAAUCGGUGUUAAGGAAGAUUUGUUUUUAUCUGCUAAGCAAGUUGAUGAAUCUGUGCAAGACGGAGCUGAGUUGUUUAUGUUUUGGCAACCUUAG